AUGGCUUACAACCAAUCGUCCCACCGCUACGGCAACUGCGACAGCUACUUCGUCGAGGAGGAUGAUGGAUUAUAUGCUAUGCGUGCCGAGGCAAGGGAACGUGCUCGGGCAGUGGCUAGGAUGCAGCAGCGCGCUCUGGCUGAUGAGCUUUCGAGGAUGACGGCAGAGGAAUACCAAGAGGAUAUCCUGGACCACAUGGAGCACAUGGAGGCCGAGACGAUGCCUGACGUCAACUCCAUCGACAUCCAGACCGAGAUCCAGUGGUUCAUGAGGCCUUACCUCCUCGAUUUCCUCGUCGAGGCCCACGCCGCCUUCCAGCUUCUCCCCGAGACCCUGUUCCUGGCCGUCAACCUCCUCGACCGCUACUGCUCCCGUCGCGUCGUCUACAAGCGCCACUACCAACUUGUCGGUUGCGCCGCCCUCCUCAUCGCCGCCAAGUACGGUGACCGCAAGGAACGUGUGCCCACCGUCCGGGAGCUGAAGUCGAUGUGCUGUUCGCUAUAUGACGAUGAAAUGUUCACGCAGAUGGAGUGGCACGUUCUUCAGACCCUCAACUGGGUCAUUGGUCACCCCACGGUGGACUCGUUCCUGCAGCUUGCUCUGUCCGAGGUCACCUACGAUGCCGAAGUUGAGCACAUGGCUUGGUACAUCAGUGAGAUCGCCCUCUUCCACAAGGAGUUCGUGUCGGUUCGCCCCUCCGUUCUCGCCCGUUCCGCUCUGGCCCUGGCCAGGUGCGUGCUCGGCCGUUCUCAGGCCCGUCAAUCCGAAUGGGCGGGCACCUACGAUCCUGUUGUCGUCCUCAACCUGUCAAACCACCUUUACCAGCCUUCGCAGGUUCUGUCAAGGAAGUAUGCGUCGAUGCACCUGUCUGCGGUGUCUACUACUGUCGAGGAAUUCCUUCAACGUCAAGCACAGAUCGCCCGCCGCAACAUCACGCCUCCCACGCCGCCUGCGCUUGAGAACCAGAAGCCCGAUGCGGACGGCUACCUCACCCCGUCGACGCCUCAGAAGAGCCACUACGAUGCUGUCAUGCAGCACGGUUGCCUGACGCCGCCAAUCACCCCUGAUAACGAGUUCGGUCCCAACUACGCGAAGAACGUGCUUCCGAGACUGUACCCCGUUACCCCGACGUCGGCGCCGCAAGAAGCUCCUCAGCAGCAACAGAACCAACCCCAGUACGGCUACCAGCAAUAUCUCCAGCCGCGGUUAGUUCAAUAG